AUGGAAGAUAUAUGUCAUAAAAUUUUAGACUUAUACCCAGCUGAUGGAAAUACCGGUGAUGAACAAGUUGGCAGUACUACUACUACUACUACUACUGCUACUGCUACCGCUACUCCAACAACGAAUAAUAGUAAUAAUAAUAAUAACAGUCAUAUUACUAAACGUGAAUUACCAAUUCAUCAUCAUUCCACUCAUUCCAUGUCAUUUGAUUCAAGCAAGUAUCAAGGAAUUCAUAGUAGAGGUGGCGAGCCACCACCUGUUAAAAGGCAAGCAUUGAUGCGUUCCACAGGGAGUAGUAAUGUUUAUGCAUCAACUACUGUACACACUGGUUCUUCUUCCAGUGGUGAUAAUCAUAUUAAUAGUAGUCAUGUGACUGCACCAAUGAUCAAUGACAGUGCGAAAUUAAUGAAACAUGUUCCAUAUCCUGCACAUUAUCGUCCACCAUCUGAUGCAACGGUUCACAAUAAUAAUAGUAAUAAUAAUAAUCAUAAAAUACCUGUAUAUAAAUGAAAUAAUGUUAGAAAUAAGUCAUUCGUGUAUACAACUGCUUAUUAAACAAAUUCACCAAUAGUCAAGUGUGAGUGUGUGUGUGACUUUAUCGAUCGUUAUGCUCACAAUCAAACACAGAAGAAGACGACGAAGAAUACUCUUUUUCUGCUUAUGAUGUCCAGUUCGAUCAACACUCUUUUAUUGAAUCAUUGAUUAUAUAAUUUGUAUUCUAAUGCUCAGGUUUUUCUGUACAUAAAAUCUAUGAAUAUUUAUAUAUAUACAUAUAUCUAUCUAUCUAAAUAAAUAAAUUUAAAACUGUGAUGAAAAGAAAUUCAAUUUUUUUUUCAAAAAAUUAAAAUGAACCUUUUUGUUGUGUGUGUACUUACCUCAAUCUAUUAUUUUUUGGGGGGUUUUUCGCCCAAGGUCAUCUUCAACAUAUCCUCCUUCCGG